CUGAACUUCUGAAGAGCCGCUAACACUCGCUGCCUAUCGUCUCAGCCCGUUGCCAUGGCACCCAAGAAGAAGGAAGAGCCUAAGCCCGCUCCCCCGCCCAAACCCCCAGAGCCUGAGCCCCCCAAGGAGCCAGAAUUUGACCCCAAGGCUAUACAGAUUGAAUUCACAGCAGAACAAAUUGAAGAUUUUAAGGAUGCCUUCCAGCUGUUUGACAGAACCCCUACAAAUGAGAUGAAGAUAACGUAUGCCCAGUGUGGAGAUCUGAUCAGGGCCCUCGGUCAGAACCCAACCAAUGCUGAGGUCAUGCAUGUCCUGGGCAAGCCAAAGGCUGAAGAUAUGCAGAGCAAAAUGCUGGACUUUGAAACGUUUCUGCCCAUGCACCAACAUAUCUGCAAAGCCAAGGACCGAGGCAGUUUUGAAGACUUUGUUGAGGGCCUGAGAGUGUUCGACAAGGAAGGCAAUGGCACAGUCAUGGGGGCGGAGCUUCGCCACGUCCUGGCGACACUGGGUGAGAAGAUGAAGGAAGAUGAGGUUGAGCAACUCAUGGCUGGACAGGAGGAUGCUAACGGCUGCAUAAACUACGAAGCCUUUGUAAAACACAUCAUGGCAGGGUAAACAGGUAAGGGAUUCGAUGACUGUUGACUGGAACAACAUCCACCCAUACACUAAGGGGGCCCGCCUCUGUGGCUACCCAGGAAAUGCUGCAGGCUCUGGCCUCAUUUUUAUAUUCCUGUUCCUUUGGUUAUCCAAGAGCAGCUGUACUGCAUCAACCACGUUUUUUACAUCAUGGGAUCAAACAUUUCAAUAAAAA